UGUUCCGGGAAUGCGGAGAAACGUAGAGCCGAGACGGACAUCAUGUCUCCUUCCAGGAUAUUUAGGCCAGAUUUGGUGGCCAGAGAGCCAGAGUCUGUUGUUGCUUCCGCAGUACGUGCAACGUAUGAAAAGCCGAAAAUUCCUCCAAAAAUUUUGGAACAAGCACGAAAAGCGAAGGUCUCGGAUUUUACUUUCACUCCUGAUGGAUUUGCCAGCUGUUAUACAGACGGAUCCUGCAACACUUCAUUGAAAACGUCCGGAGUUGGAGUUUGGUUUGGACCGGAUCACGUUGCGAACAUUUCAGAGCCCCUGGCCGUUCCGGGCACAAGUAACCGUGCAGAACUGACUGCCGUACUCUAUGCGAUCCACGUUGCAAAGGAAGCUGGUUUGAUUAAGUUAGAGGUCCGUACCGAUUCCACUUACGCCAAGAAUUGCGUCACUGUUUGGCUGCCGAAUUGGAGGAGCAACAAUUGGCAGACAACUGCUAAAGAAGAUGUCCUGAAUCAAAAUGAAAUCCGAGCUAUCGACGAAGCCUGCAAUUAUUUGGAAGUGAAAUUUAAGUGGAUACAAGCUCAAUCCGGUGAAAAAGGAAACGAAGCUGCGGACCGAUUGGCGAGGCUUGGUGCGGCUGAAUCGUUGAGAAUUUCGAAGACUUGAAAAUGGCCCAUUUUUUUGGCUGUCUGAAGCAUUUUGAAGAUUGUAUAAUCUCUGACAAUCUUCGGGAUCUUCUCGCCAGAAGCUAACAGAAGUGAAGCAAUGAGUGAACUCCAAGCUUCGUACAUUCGUGCGAAUGAAAAGUUUCUUGUGUGCAGUGCUUAACUUUUUAGUAGGUCGCCAAGUUUUUCUCCACAACUUCUCCACAAUUGCUUAUUGGACAUUGUAAAAGAAGAUGUUUAUUUUAAAAAUAGGGAGGAAUCCUUCCGGUGGGGGAAUUCGUCCCGAUUUUUUCGCACCAUUUGGAACAAUUUCGCAAAAGAACCCGUGUAUGUACGCAUGAAUACAAAAUGAAACAAACCAGAAAACUCAACGAGAACAUGAUCCUCGUGCUGUUGGAAGAUGCUUGUUGUUUUUUGAAAUACAAGCUUUCUUUGUC